CAUUUUUUUAGGGAAGGAUGAUAAAACCGCACGAACUGUCAUCAUUAUUGUUGUGCCCACUGUCACAGUUGUUAUUUUUGUUGUUUGUAUUCCUGUCAUCUUGAUGAAGAGACGAAAGAGGAAGCUGGUGAACAAAAGAGAGAGUAUACAUGUGGAUGAUAUUAGUACUGCAGAAUCCCUGCAAUAUGAUUUUUCUACAAUUAGAGCAGCAACAAAUAACUUCUCAGAUGUUAAUAAGUUGGGACAAGGCGGAUUUGGUCCUGUGUACAAGGGUAAGCUUCCAAAUGGACAAGAAGUAGCAGUGAAAAGAUUGUCUGCAGACUCAGGCCAAGGUGAUCUAGAAUUCAAAAACGAGGUCUUGUUGGUCGCCAGGCUUCAACACAGGAAUUUGGUUAGGUUGUUGGGAUUUUGCCUUGAUGGAAUAGAGAGACUUCUUGUCUACGAAUUUGUUCCCAAUGCAAGCCUUGACCACUUUUUAUUUGAUUCGGUUAAACGUAGGCAAUUGGAUCGGGAAAGGCGAUCCAGAAUCAUAGGAGGCAUUGCUAGGGGAAUUCUUUAUCUUCAUGAGGAUUCCAGACUUCGAAUCAUUCAUCGUGAUCUCAAAGCUAGUAAUGUUCUACUAGAUGCUGAAAUGAAUCCUAAAAUCUCAGACUUUGGCAUGGCAAGGCUAUUUACACUGGAUGAAACUCAAGGCAGCACAAGCAGAAUUGUUGGGACCUAUGGAUAUAUGGCACCAGAAUAUGCGAUGCACGGACAAUUCUCAGUCAAAUCAGAUGUUUUCAGCUUUGGAGUACUAGUCCUAGAAAUUUUAAGUGGCCAAAGAAACACUUCUUUUAGAAAUGGAGAAUCCGUGGAAGACCUUUUGAGCUAUGCUUGGUCGAACUGGCGCGAAGGAACAACUACAAAUUUUAUAGACCCAAUGCUGAGGGGAAGCACAGGACUAGUUCGUGACAUAGUGAGAUGUAUCCACAUUGCUUUAUUGUGCGUUCAAGAAAAUGUGGCAAAUAGACCAACUAUGGCUGCAGUAGUUCUCAUGCUCAGUAGCCUCUCUUUGAGUCUUCCAGUUCCUUCAGGGCCUGCAUAUUAUAUGCACAACGAUAUUAGCCCAGAGACUUCCCUUGUUCAAGAAUACAAUUCAAGAAUGUCAGAUUCUAGAGAACCAGCCAAAAGUAAAUCCAUUUCUUCAUCACGGAAUGAGGCGUCGAUAACUGAGUUAUAUCCUCGUUAACAUCCUUGGACAUAAUAGCCUUUUCUCUAAGUUUUCUUAUUUACUUUUUUAUUUGUUCCAACUCCUAUUAGUUUAGAAUUGAGAUUGAACAAUUGAUGAUUUUGUGUUUCGCACAAGGAUUUAACUUGAUUCAUAAGUAAUAUUACUUUUAUUUUGGUU